CCGGCAUUGUGCAUUCCAAGUUUGACUGAAGCUUGGGUAGCAGUGGUAUAUGCGGCACACCACUCAGGAACCUGCCGGGAGCUUUUCAAAACGCGCCACAAACAGGCACAGCAUGGCUACGGGGAAAGGCGGGGAGGGGCAUCACAUGUUCCGAAUCGAAGCUAUCGAACCGCGGGGCGACGGGGGCAACGAUGGGUACUAUGAUCUUGGAGAUUUCUCGAUGCCGGUAACGACCAGCAGUAUCGAGGCGCAGAAAUGGUUCAACCGCGGGCUGGUCUGGAACUACGCCUUCAACCAUGAAGAGGCUGUGGCUUGCUUCGAACGCGCUGUUGCCGCGGACCCGGACUGCGCAAUGGCCUACUGGGGCAUUGCCCAUUCACUAGGUCCAAACUACAACAAACCCUGGGGCAUCUUUGACGAGCGGGAACUGGAAAGGAAUGUGCGCAAGGCACGGCAAGCUACCGUUACAGCUCUGGAGAAAGCAGCCUCGGCGACAGUAACGCCGAUGGAGCGUGGUUUUAUCGAUGCCAUUCAACACCGCUAUCCACAGGAACAGAUGACACCGUCAAAGGGGUAUCUUUGCAACCAGACAUAUGCGCAGGCCAUGGAGAGACUCCAUUCCGACUACCCCGACGACCCUAACGCCACAGCUCUCUAUGUCGAUGCCUUGAUGAACCUCACCCCCUGGCAGAUGUGGGAUAUCCGCACCGGCGAGCCAGCCAAGGGCGCCCGAACCCUCGAGGCCAAAUCCGCCUUGGAACAUGCCAUGUCCAAACACCCACGACACCCAGGCAUGCUACAUCUUUACAUCCACCUAAUGGAGAUGUCCAGCCAUCCCGAACAAGCCCUGAACGCGGCCGAUCAGCUACGCGGUCUGGUCCCCGACGCCGGCCAUCUGAACCACAUGCCCACACACAUCGACGUGCUCUGCGGCGACUACCGACGGGCCAUCGCCUCCAACACCGAGGCCGUCAUGGCCGACAAUAAAUUCUUCCUCCGCAACGGGGCAAAUAAUUUCUACAGCCUCUACCGCUGCCACAACCUGCACUUCCGGAUCUACGCCGCCAUGUUCGCAGGGCAGUCCGCCGUCGCCCUUGAGUCCGCAGCUCUGCUUGAAUCAACCCUUCCAGAAUCCUUACUCCGCACCGAAUCGCCCCCCAUGGCGGACUGGCUGGAGGGCUUCCUCUCCAUGCGCGUGCAUGUACUAGUCCGCUUCGGUCGCUGGGGGGAUAUCCUGUCCCUCUCCCUCCCCUCCGACCAAGCACUAUACUGCACCACAACCGCCAUGACGCACUACGCUCGCGCCAUCGCCCUAGCCAACACUGGCCAGCUAUCCUCCGCCGAAGAUGCCCGCCGCCUCUUCCACUCUGCGGUACAAACCGUCCCUGAGUCACGAACAAUCUUCAACAACACCUGCCUCGACAUCCUAGCCAUCGCCUCCGCCAUGCUCGACGGCGAGAUCGAAUACCGCCGGGGCAACAUUUCACUCGCCUUCCAGCACCUGCAACGAGCCAUCACCCUCGAUGAUUCAUUACCCUACGACGAACCCUGGGGGUGGAUGCAACCCGUCCGUCACGCAUAUGGCGCGCUGCUGCUCGAACAGAGCAAAAUAGAGGAAGCGUUGGAGGUGUAUAGGGCUGAUUUGGGGUUUGAUGACACACUGCCGAGGGCACAGCAGCAUCGGGGGAAUGUGUGGGCGCUGCAUGGGUUGCAUGAAUGUCUUACGAGGCUGGGCAGGGAGGCCGAGGCGAGGAUGGUAAGGCCGCAGUUGGAGCUGGCGAUGGCUACGGCGGAUGUGGAGGUUAGGGCGAGUUGUUUUUGUAGGCGGGGGUGAUUUCAGGGGAGAUGUGAUACCUCAACAUUGGAAUGCUAUAUGUGCGCAGGGGCCAGGCUGUUAGAUUUGCAGUGACAGGUCGGGUGAUAUACAAGGCUGCGCUUGCUCGGACUAUUAUCAGUGCCUAGCUACCUAUCUACGGAUACCUACAAGGGGACGUAGUCGGGUCUGGCCCUCAUGAGUCCAGGGCCAUCAACGAGGGCUAUCCUUCCCCGCUGGACCCUGAAGUUCUAUAGCAUCGACAAUGUAAUUGGCA